AUGGGACAGCUGGGUUGGGCCCUGACUCUGUGUCCUCAUUUGAAACAGGAAGUUGUCCAGAGUCAGGUGUUGGAGGCCAAGGUGUUCCACUCUCCCUAUGGCACAGGUAUCGCCAUCGUAACAGGCUCCUCCCGCUUCACCUUGGCAACCAACAUUGAUGACCUGAAGCUCCGCAGAUUACCUGAGGUCCCAGGUCUUCAGGGGAAGCCCUCCUGCUGGGUCGUCCUGACUCAGGACAGACAGACUAAAGUCCUGCUGUCCAACGGACCGGACCUCUACAUCCUGGACAACACGUCCUGCACUGCUGUGGUUCCUCCAGGUCUCAGUCCUCAGGCUGGCAGCGUGGUCCACAUGUCUGUGUCGUUCAGCUACAAAUACCUGGCCAUCUUCACUGACUCGGGACACCUGUGGACAGGUACCUCCAACCUCCAGGAGAAACUGAGUGAAGUCGACACCAAAAAGAUGACAACGCCCAAACAGAUGGUCUGGUGUCGCAGACCAAAGAGUCAGCAGCCGUCUGUGGUGCUGAUGUGGGACAGACUGCUCCUGGUGGCCGGAGUUUGUAAUGACACCAUCCAGUUCCCCAUGGAGGAUCCGUGUGUUUUGGUGGGAGAACUGGACGGAGUUCGGGUCAUCAGCUCAACCAAUCAGGAGCUGCUGCAGGAGGUCCCACUGGUCUGCCAGGACAUCUUCAAGAUCGCAUCCAUGGCACCUGGAGCUCUGCUGCUGGAGGCCCACCGGGAGUACGAGGUGGACAUUUCUAACGGGAUGGACUGGUCUCUGGAUCAGAAGACUUUUUUCUACAUCGACAGUUUGUCUCUGACGGUCGACGCCUUCGACUGCGACUUGAGCACCGGACAGUUUGGUAACCGCCGUGUGGUGUACCGUAUGGAGGAGGGGGAGGGGCUUCCUGAUGGGAUGACGAUGGACGCUGAAGGUCGUCUACCAACUNCUCUCACCUGUCUGUCUCUCAGGUUGGUGUAUCGACAGUUUUAUCCGUUAGCGAUUGAAAUCUGUCGUUACCUGAAGAUUCCUGAUUACCAGGGAGUCAGCAGAGUCCUCAAACACUGGGCAUCAUGCAAGGUGCAGCAGAAGGACCUAUCAGACGAGGCCAUCGCCCGGGCGGUGUGUGUGAAAGUGGGAGACUCACCUGGCGUCUCGUACUCAGACAUCGCAGCGAAAGCGUACGAAUGUGGACGCACUGAGCUCGCCAUCAAGCUGCUGGACUUCGAGGCUCGGUCCGGAGAGCAGGUUCCUCUGCUGCUCAAGAUGAAGAGGAGUCAGCUGGCUCUGAGCAAGGCUGUGGAGAGCGGAGACACCGACCUGGUGUACACGGUGGUGAGCUACCUGAAGAACGAGAUGAACAGAGGAGACUUCUUCAUGACUCUGAGGAACCAGCCGGUCGCUCUGAGUCUCUACAGACAGUUCUGUAAACUGCAGGAACAAGAAACUCUGAAGGAUCUGUACAACCAGGACGACGACCACCAGGAGCUCGCCAACUACUACGUUACUGCCAGCUACAAAGAGAAGGUGAUUGGUCCUGACAGACAGGUGGUGAUGUCAUCGGUGAAGGUGGAGUGUGUGGUGGAGGGGAGCGCUCUGAUUGGUGAAGGGCCAGUGUGGGAGGAGUCGGAGCAGACGCUGCUGUUCGUCGACAUCGCGGGUCGCAAAAUCCACCGCUGGAGUCCAGCGACCAAUAAGAUCCAGUCUGUGGAGACAGCUGACUCGGUGGGUUUUGCGGUUCCUCGUCGGUCAGGUGGUUACGUUGCAGGUGUUGGCCGCAGCAUCGUGGCUGUUGAUUGGUCAACUCAGAUGAUGACAUCACUGGCCAAAGUCGAUGAAGACAAACCGAACAACCGACUGAACGACGGGAAAGUCGAUCCGACUGGACGCCUUCUGGCAGGUACGAUGGUGGCGGAGGGCCGACAGGACCAGAGGAAACAAGGAUCUCUGUUCUCUGUGGCCUCUGACCUCACUGUGACCAAACACCUGAGCCAGGCCACCGAGGACGAGAUGCGUCUGCUUCGGUUUCAACGCAAACUGGAUGACGAGAAGGGGGCGGGGCUUCUGGGACUGUCUCUACAGGCGACCAUGGAGGCGCUGCUGGCGUUAGGACUCCACAAACAGGCCGAGCAGCUGUACAGAGACUUCAGAGUGCCUGACAAAAGGUAUUGGUGGUUGAAGCUGAAGUCAUUAGCAGAGAAGGAGGAGUGGGAGGAGUUAGAGAAGUUCUCAAAGAGCAAAAAGUCUCCAAUUGGCUACCUGGCAUUUGUUGAAGUUUGCAUGAAGUGCAACAACAAGUACGAAGCCAAGAAGUACGUUUCCAAGGUGACGCCUGAGCAGAAGGUCAAAGCUCACCUGGCUGUCAGUGACCUGGAGGGGGCGGCAGACGCCGCGAUCGAGCGUAGGAACGAGGCGGAGAUGGGGGCGGUCCUCUCCAGAUGCUCCGCCUCUGACCGCUUGCUGAUUGACAAGUUGAACCGAGCCCGAACGGUCUCCCUCCCCGUCACAAAGACCACCUCGUGCUGUUUUGGAGGUCCAGACUACACCGACCUCUACGUGACCUCCGCCAGCCUGGGCCUCGACCAAUCAGAGAUCAAACAGCAGCCGCUGGCAGGAAACACCUUCAGGGAGGACGUGGUUCCGUCAGUCAGUGCUGUGAGAAUCGGUGAACCUGAACACCAGGAGUUCAGCAGCCGGGCUCGUCCGUCUGCUGAGGAGCACCAUUUUGGCGGGACGGAGUGGGACGGUUCUGACCCGGGGCUCGGCGGUCCGCUGGUGUCUGGGCACCUGGUCUGCGCACCAACUGACCGUUAG